UCCGAAUGGGGCCAUGGCCGAAAGAAUCACAGGGAAGGUCAUGUUGUUUAGCGACCAGAAGGGCUUCGGCUUCAUAACCCCCGACGACGGCUCUAAGGAUCUCUUCGUCCACCAGUCCUCCAUCCAGUCCGGGGGCUUCCGCAGCCUCGCUGAGGGCGAGACCGUCGAGUUCCAGAUCAAGUGUGACUCGUUAUCCUCAUCGAUUUCAGGACCGUUGAGGAUUCUUUCCUUUGGUUAUUUUCGAUCGUCCAACGUCGGUGAACGAAGCAUUCUGGAAGCUGAAAAUCGAAGGUUACAUGUUCUAUUCAUCUGCAUUUGCUUAUGUUCGAAAAGGAUUCAAUCUUUCAGAUCUAAACGUAGGAUCCUUGGCUACAGUGGGGGCGGUUACGACGGGGUGGCAAUGGUGGCGGCGGGGGAGGAAGAGGAGGAGGCGGCUGCGGCCGAGGCGGAAGCUGCUGUAACUUAA